AGGAGAGAGAGAGAAGAGAGAGAGCGAGAGAGGAGAGAGAGAGCGAGAGAGAGAGGAGAGAGAGGGGAGAGCGAGAGAGAGGGGAGAGCGAGAGAGAGAGCGAGAGAG